AUGAACUUCAAACGAGUGGAAGCUGGGAAACUUGGACAAACCCUUGUUCAAGUUCGUUUUAAAAGGAAGUUAGCAUAUCCAGAUCGUUAUAAUCCUCGAGUACCUCAACCUAAUGGAAGAAAAGAUCAUUCAUCCUAUUUCCAAAGAGCCAUUAAACAAUUCUUAGGUCCAAAGAACAUCAAAGGUGAAUAUUAUAAGAAUAAAUAUUAUUAUCCUCCACAAAACAAUCAGCCUAGUUAUAUUGUACCUGAUGGUAAAUCUGUAGAGGGAGAAGAAGCUGAAUCCCGUAGAUUCGGAAACAGUAAUAGAAAUCCUUCAUUACAUCCAUUUCCUGAUAAUAUUCAAUGUAAAACUGCUUCAAAUAUAAGUUAUGAAUUAAGAGAAAAAAUUGUUGAUGAUUCACUUUCUUUACCUGUUGAAAAAGUAGCACAAAAAUACGGUCUUAAGUUAGCAAGAGUAGAAGCUAUCGUAAGAUUAUAUAAUAUUGAAAAAGAUUGGAGAGAAAAGUCAAAAAUCACUAGUGAUUUAGAUAAGUUCUCUAAAGUUAUGUAUAAUAUGUUCCCAUUAUAUAAUCCUCCAGUUGAAUCAGAAAAUUUGACGGAAAUUCCAGUACCAAAGAAGACUUUACAUCAAAGAUUCGUAUCGAUUGCUGAAAGUGAACCUUUUGGACCAGUUGAUGCUGCUAAAGUAUUUGGUUUGGAACCUGCUAGUGAGACUUUAGCUAAAUUAACUCACAUUAAUGAUGAUGCACAAGAAAUUCAAAAUCACCAACAUCAAGUAAUUGUUGGUAAAGAAAAGGAAGGUGACAGGGGAUUAUUCAAAUUCGUUCAAGCUAAAGCUGGGGAAGUUGGAUUCAGAUAUGGUGCUUCUAGAAGGGAUAAGAAGAAAGAUAAAGCCGUUGGGUUUGAUAGGACGGGUAGAUUAUAUAAUCUUUUAUAA